CGGGACAGGGAGCCGGUGAGGAGAGAGCGGGGCUGCUCCGUAUGCGCGGCUGGCCGGCGCUCCUAGCCGCUCCGGAGUCGGGGCGUAGCUCGGCGGCCCGGCGGAGGCGUCGAAGGAACCGCAGCGGCUCUGGCGGGGGCAGAGGAAGGCGAACAGGCAAUGCCAGAAUAGUUCUUGGCACGAGAGGGAGAAUUUAGUUCAUUACCCAACCACUCCCUGCCCAGGGUUUCUGAGGGCUGAGGGUAGCCCAGGAUGGCUGCAGCUUCAUAUGAUCAAUUGUUAAAGCAAGUUGAGGCAUUAAAGAUGGAGAACUCCAACCUUCGGCAAGAGCUAGAGGAUAACUCAAAUCACCUCACAAAAUUGGAAACCGAGGCAUCCACUAUGAAGGAGGUACUGAAACAGCUACAAGGAAGUAUUGAAGAUGAGGCAAUGGCAUCUUCUGGACAGAUUGACUUACUGGAACGACUUAAAGAACUGAAUUUGGAAAGCACCAGCUUCCCUGGUGUGAAGUUAAGGCCAAAGAUGUCGGUGCGCUCGUAUGGGAGCCGGGAAGGGUCCGUGUCGAGCCGCUCAGGGGAAUGCAGCCCAGUCCCCAUGGGGUCAUUUCCAAGAAGAGGCUUUAUGAAUGGAAGCAGAGAAAGCACUGGUUACUUAGAAGAGCUAGAAAAAGAAAGAUCUCUGCUGCUUGCGGAACUUGAGAAGGAAGAGAAAGAAAAGGACUGGUAUUACGCCCAGCUUCAGAACCUGACUAAAAGAAUUGAUAGUCUUCCCCUUACUGAAAAUUUCUCCUUGCAAACAGAUAUGACCAGAAGGCAGCUGGAGUACGAGGCCAGGCAAAUCAGAGCUGCAAUGGAGGAACAACUGGGCACUUGUCAGGACAUGGAGAAGCGAGCACAGGCAAGAGUGGCCAGAAUUCAACAAAUCGAGAAGGACAUUCUUCGUAUACGUCAGCUCCUGCAAUCACAAGCAGCUGAAGCAGAGAGAGCACCUCAAAGCAAGCAUGAGGCAGGUUCCCAUGAUACAGAGAGGCAGAAUGAAGGUCAAGGAGCAGCAGAAAUCAGUGUGGCAACCAGCAGUACUGGUCAGGGUUCUGCUGCUCGAGUGGACCAUGAGACAGCCAGUGUUAUGAGCUCUAGUAGUAACUAUUCUGUUCCUCGCAGACUGACAAGUCAUCUGGGUACCAAGGUAACCGAAGAUUACAAACCACAGGUGGAAAUGGUGUAUUCAUUGUUAUCAAUGCUUGGUACUCAUGAUAAAGAUGACAUGUCAAGAACAUUGCUAGCAAUGUCUAGCUCCCAGGACAGCUGCAUAGCCAUGCGUCAGUCUGGAUGUCUUCCUCUCCUCAUCCAGCUUUUACAUGGCAACGAUAAGGACUCUGUGUUGUUAGGAAACUCCCGUGGUAGUAAAGAGGCCCGUGCCAGAGCCAGCGCAGCGCUGCACAACAUCAUUCACUCCCAGCCUGAUGAUAAGCGAGGCAGACGGGAAAUCCGUGUGCUCCAUCUCUUGGAGCAGAUCCGUGCUUACUGUGAAACGUGUUGGGAAUGGCAGGAGGCACAUGAACAAGGCAUGGACCAAGACAAAAACCCAAUGCCUGCUCCAGUGGAUCAUCAGAUUUGUCCUGCAGUGUGUGUUUUGAUGAAACUUUCAUUUGAUGAAGAACACAGACAUGCAAUGAAUGAGCUUGGAGGUUUGCAGGCCAUUGCUGAACUGCUGCAAGUGGAUUGUGAAAUGUAUGGACUCACAAAUGAUCACUAUAGUGUUACCCUAAGGAGGUAUGCUGGCAUGGCUCUGACAAACCUGACUUUUGGAGAUGUGGCAAACAAGGCUACCUUAUGUUCCAUGAAGGGCUGCAUGAGAGCUCUUGUAGCCCAGCUGAAAUCUGAAAGCGAAGACUUACAACAGGUCAUUGCAAGUGUAUUGAGGAACUUGUCCUGGAGAGCAGAUGUAAACAGUAAAAAGACUCUAAGAGAAGUUGGAAGUGUGAAAGCAUUGAUGGAAUGUGCUUUAGAAGUUAAAAAGGAAUCCACCCUGAAAAGCGUUCUGAGUGCCUUAUGGAAUUUGUCAGCUCACUGCACUGGGAACAAAGCUGACAUAUGUGCUGUUGAUGGUGCUCUUGCAUUUCUGGUUGGCACACUGACAUACCGGAGCCAAACAAACACUUUAGCCAUCAUAGAAAGUGGAGGAGGAAUACUAAGAAAUGUUUCUAGCCUAAUUGCUACUAAUGAGGACCAUAGGCAAAUCUUGCGAGAGAACAGCUGCUUACAAACCUUGUUACAACACUUGAAGUCACACAGUUUGACAAUAGUUAGUAACGCAUGUGGGACCCUGUGGAAUCUCUCUGCUCGAAAUGCAAAGGAUCAGGAGGCGCUGUGGGACAUGGGAGCCGUGAGCAUGCUGAAAAACCUGAUUCACUCUAAACACAAAAUGAUAGCCAUGGGUAGUGCUGCAGCUCUACGGAACCUCAUGGCAAACAGGCCAGCAAAGUACAAAGAUGCCAACAUCAUGUCUCCAGGAUCAAGCCUCCCAUCCCUCCAUGUCAGAAAGCAAAAAGCACUAGAAGCAGAAUUAGAUGCUCAGCAUUUAUCAGAGACUUUUGACAACAUUGAUAACUUAAGCCCGAAAGCAUCUCACCGCAAUAAGCAGAGACAUAAGCAAAAUAUAUAUAGUGAGUAUGUGCUGGAUGCCAACCGCCACGAUGAUGGGGUGUGCAGGUCAGAGAGCUUUAAUGCUGGCAAUAUGACUGUGCUCUCACCAUAUACCAUAAAUACUACAGUAUUGCCUGCCUCGUCCUCUUCCAGUAGAGGAAAUGCAGAAAAUUCUCGGUCUGAGAAAGACAGGAGUGUUGAAAGGGAUCGAACAGUAGGUUUAAAUACCUAUCAUCAAGCUGCAGAGAGUACUGGGAGUUCCUCUAAGAGAAUAGGAAUGCAGAUUUCUACUACUGCAGCUCAGAUUGCCAAAGUUAUGGAAGAAGUAACAAGCAUGCACAUUCCACAGGAAGACAGAAGUUCUGGUUCCACUUCUGAAAUACACUGUUUGACAGAAGAGAGAAAUGCCCAGAGGAGAUCAGCCUCUGCCCAUACUCACUCAAAUACAUACUUUCCAAAAUCCGAGAACUCAAACAGGACAUGUCCUGUGCCUUAUACAAAAAUGGAAUACAAAAGAGCUUCAAAUGAUAGUUUAAAUAGUGUCAGCAGCAGUGAUGGCUAUGGUAAAAGAGGCCAAAUGAAACCUUCCAUUGAGUCUUACUCCGAAGAUGAUGAAAGCAAAUUCUGUAGUUAUGGCCAAUAUCCAGCUGACUUGGCACACAAGAUUCAUAGUGCAAAUCACAUGGAUGACAAUGAUGGAGAAUUAGACACUCCUAUUAAUUAUAGUCUUAAAUAUUCAGAUGAGCAGUUAAAUUCUGGAAGGCAAAGUCCCUCCCAGAAUGAAAGAUGGGCAAGGCCUAAGCAUACAGUAGAUGAUGAAAUGAAACAAAAUGAGCAAAGACAGUCAAGGAACCAAAAUGCAGCCUACCCUGUGUAUACUGAAAGUGGAGAGGAUAAACACAUGAAAUAUCAGACACCUUUUGGACAGCAGGAGUGUGUUUCUUCCUUUAGAUCAAGAGGAUCCAGUGGCUCAGAUCAGAACAGAGUAGGCCCAACUCUUGGAAUGAAUCAGAAAGUGAACCAGUCCUUGUGCCAGGUGGAUGAUUAUGAUGAUGAUAAGCCAACCAACUAUAGUGAACGUUAUUCUGAGGAGGAACAACAUGAAGAGGAAGACAGACCAACUAAUUACAGCAUAAAGUACAAUGAAGAGGAACAUCAUGUUGAUCAGCCUAUUGAUUAUAGUUUAAAAUAUUCAACAGAAGUUCCAGCACCUUCUCAGAAGCCAUCUUUUACUUUUCCAAAGACUUCUUCAGUGCAACUCAAUAAAACUGACCACAUUGCCCCAAGCAGUGGGAGCACAUCAGCCCCCUCAGCUGGUUCAAAGAGGCAGAACCAGCUUCACCCAAGCUCUGCACAGAGCAGAACUGGUCAUGCACAGAAGAACGCCUCGUGUAAGACUCCCUCUAUUAAUCAGGAAACUAUACAAACUUACUGUGUGGAAGAUACCCCAAUAUGUUUUUCAAGGUGUAGCUCUUUGUCAUCCUUGUCAUCAGCUGAAGAUGAAAUAGGACGUGAUCAAUCUGCACGUGGUACAGAUGCCAAUAACACACUGCAGAUUGCAGAACUGAAGGAGAACAGUGGGGCUCUACCUACAGAAGGUGCAGCAAGUGAAAUCACAUCAACAGCACAACACAUCAGAACAAAAUCCACUAGACUUCAGACUUCUAGCUUGUCUCCUUCUGAUUCCUCUAGACAUAAAGCUGUUGAAUUUUCUUCAGGUGCCAAAUCUCCCUCAAAGAGUGGUGCCCAAACUCCUAAAAGCCCACCAGAACAUUACGUACAGGAAACACCACUCAUGUUCAGCAGAUGUACUUCUGUAAGUUCCCUGGAUAGUUUUGAAAGCCGUUCAAUUGCUAGUUCAGUUCAAAGUGAGCCUUGCAGUGGAAUAGUAAGUGGAAUUAUAAGUCCCAGUGACCUUCCAGACAGCCCUGGACAAACAAUGCCUCCAAGCAGAAGUAAAACACCACCGCCUGCUCAAGGAGUUCAAGUCAAAAGAGAGGUACCUAAAGGAAAAGCAACCACUACAGAGAAAAGAGAGCCUGGUCCUAGACAGGCAGCUGUAAAUGCAGCUGUUCAAAGAGUUCAGGUACUGCCAGAUGCUGAUACACUAUUACAUUUUGCCACAGAAAGCACACCAGAUGGGUUUUCUUGCUCUUCUAGCCUGAGUGCUCUGAGCCUUGAUGAGCCAUUUAUACAGAAGGAUGCAGAGUUAAGAAUUAUGCCUCCAGUUCAUGAAAACGAGCAUGGAAACGAAGCAGAACCUGAACAGUCAGAUGAUACUAAGGAUAACCAGGAGAAGAAACCAGAGAAGCCAGCUGAAGCAGAAAAAGACAUUCUGGAUGAUUCUGAUGAUGAUAUUGAAAUACUGGAAGCGUGUAUUAUUUCUGCAAUGCCAACGAAGUCUUCACGUAAAGCCAAAAAGCCUUCUCAAGCGUCUGCUCCAAAAAUACCUCCUCCUGUAGCCAGAAAGCCCAGCCAGUUGCCAGUUUACAAACUUUUGCCUUCACAAAGCAGACUGCAAUCACAAAAGCACGUGACUUUUACACCAGGAGAUGAUAUGCCACGGGUAUAUUGUGUUGAGGGUACACCAAUAAAUUUUUCAACAGCUACAUCUCUAAGUGACCUGACAAUAGAAUCCCCCCCAAGUGAGCUGGCCAAUGCAGACAAUGUGGGUGUGGGAGCAGAGUCAGGGGAGUUUGAAAAGCGGGACACCAUUCCUACAGAAGGCAGAAGUACUGAUGAUUCUCAGAGAGCAAAAAGCUCAGUUGUUACUCCCCUUGGUCUGGAUGAUGACAAAACAGAAGAGGGUGAUAUUCUGGCUGAGUGCAUUAACUCAGCUAUGCCAAAAGGAAAAAGUCACAAACCUUUCAGAGUGAAGAAGAUAAUGGAUCAAAUUCAACAAGCAUCUUCAUCUCCAAGUAAUAAAAACCAGCCAGAAGGUGAGAAAAAGAAGCCAACAUCACCAGUAAAGCCUGUUUCCCAAAACAAUGAAUACAGAGCACGUGUGCGAAAAAGCACAGAACCCAAAAGCAAUGCUAGUAAUGAAAGAGGCUAUCCAGAGAACAGAGAUGCAAAGAAACAGAACCUUAAAAACAAUUCAAGAGAGAUUCAUGACAAAUUGCCAAAUAAUGAAGAGCGUGCAAGAGGAAGCUUUGCAUUUGAUUCCCCUCAUCAUUAUACGCCUAUUGAGGGAACUCCUUACUGUUUUUCACGGAAUGAUUCCCUGAGUUCAUUAGAUUUUGAUGAUGAUGACGUUGACCUUUCAAGGGAGAAGGCAGAAUUAAGAAAAGGAAAAGAAGGAAAGGAAAUUGAAAGGAAAGAGUGCUCUAAUGCAGAACAGUCUUCAAAUCAGCAGCCAAGUAACAGGACACAAGUUUGUCAAAAACACCCAACGGGCAGAAGCCAGACAAAAACUUUCUCUCAGUCACCUAAAGAUAUUCCAGACAGAGGAGCAGCUACAGAUGAAAAAAUGCAGAAUUUUGCUAUUGAAAACACACCUGUUUGUUUUUCUCGCAAUUCAUCUCUUAGCUCCCUCAGUGAUAUUGAUCAAGAAAACAAUAACAACAAAGAAGGGGAACCUCCAAAACGUCCUGAGGCUUCUGAGCCACAGGUGGAAUCCAACAGACCACAGACUUCUGGUUAUGCACCUAAAUCAUUUCAUGUUGAAGAUACUCCUGUGUGCUUCUCUAGAAACAGUUCUCUGAGUUCUCUUAGCAUUGACUCAGAAGAUGAUCUUCUGCAGGAAUGCAUUAGUUCUGCUAUGCCUAAAAAGAAAAAGCCCUCAAGAAUGAAGAGUGAUGGUGAAAAAAAUAAUUCCAGAAACACAGGUGGUAUACUAGCAGAAGACUUAACACUGGAUUUAAGAGAGAUACAGAGGCCAGAUUCAGAACAUGGUUUUUCACCUGAUUCAGAAAACUUUGACUGGAAAGCUAUACAAGAAGGUGCAAAUUCUAUAGUUAGUAGCUUGCAUCAAGCUGCAGCUGCUGCAUCACUGUCUAGACAAGCUUCAUCAGACUCUGACUCUAUCCUUUCAUUAAAAUCUGGUAUUUCUCUAGGGUCACCAUUUCAUCUUACCCCAGACCAAGAAGAAAAACCUUUCACUAGUAAUAAAGGUCCAAGAAUUAUUAAGCCAGGAGAGAAGAGUACACUGGAGUCUAAAAAAGUAGAAUCAGAAAGUAGGGGAAUCAAAGGAGGGAAGAAAGUGUAUAAAAGUAUGAUCACAGGAAAAGCACGCUCGAAUUCAGAAGUUUCAAGUUUGAAGCAACCACAACAGACAAGUGUGCCUUCAAUUUCACGUGGUAGAACAAUGAUCCAUAUUCCAGGGGUUCGAAAUAGUUCUUCAAGUACUAGUCCUGUUUCCAAAAAAGGACCCCCACUCAAAAACAUGAACUCCAAGAGUCCCAGUGAAGGCCAGAGUUUGACUAGUUCUCCAAGAGGAGCCAAAUCAUCAGUGAAACCUGAGCCAGCUCCUGUGACUAGGCAGCCAUCAGGGUUGAACCAGAGUGGAUCAAGUAAAGGACCUUCUAGAUCAGGAUCUAGAGACUCCACUCCUUCUAGACCUCAACAGCAGCCAUUAAGUAGGCCUCUGCAAUCUCCUGGACGAAGCUCCAUUUCCCCAGGAAGAAAUGGUAUCAGUCCUCCCAACAAACUGUCACAGUUGCCAAGAACAUCAUCUCCUAGCACAGCUUCAACUAAAUCCUCAAGUUCAGGUAGAAUGUCGUACACACCACCAGGCAGGCAGAUGAGCCAGCAAAACCUUGCAAAGCAAACUGCCUUACCUAAGAGUACCAGUAGCAUUCCACGAAGUGAAUCUGCUUCAAAGGGUUUAAACCAAACUCUCAGUACUGGUGGAUCAAACAAAAAGACCGACCUAUCCAGAAUGCCAUCCACAAAGUCUAGUGGAAGUGAAUCUGACAGAUCGGAGAGACCUGUUCUCGUUCGUCAGUCAACUUUCAUUAAAGAGGCUCCGAGCCCUACUCUGAGACGGAAAUUAGAAGAGUCAGCUUCAUUUGAAUCUCUGUCACCUUCCAGGCCAGAUUCUCCCACAAGGUCCCAACUACAGACCCCAGUUUUAAGUCCUUCUCUUCCUGAUAUGUCUUUAUCCGCUCAUUCACCUGCCCAGAGUAGUGGUUGGCGAAAAUUAGCCCCUAAUCAGAGCCCUACUAUAGAAUAUGAUGGGAGACCAGCAAAGCGUCAUGACAUAGCUCGUUCCCAUUCUGAGAGUCCAUCUAGGCUGCUGAUCAACAGAUCAGGAACGUGGAAGCGUGAGCACAGUAAGCAUUCCUCAUCACUUCCUCGUGUAAGCACUUGGCGGAGAACUGGAAGCUCCUCCUCAAUUCUGUCAGCUUCUUCAGAAUCCAGUGAAAAGGCAAAAAGUGAAGAUGAAAAGCAGCAUGGAGGUUCUCUCCCUGGACACAAGCAAAGUAAAGAAAGCCAAGCACCAGCAAAAGGUACUUGGAGAAAAAUAAAAGAAAAUGAAAUUCCUCAGAUAAUGAAUGAUCCUCAGCAUUCUUCUUCAGGUGCCGCAAAUGGCUCUGAUUCCAAAACCCUCAUCUAUCAGAUGGCUCCAGCUGUCUCUAAGACAGAGGAUGUGUGGGUGAGGAUAGAGGAUUGCCCAAUUAACAACCCUCGAUCUGGAAGGUCCCCAACUGGAAAUACUCCCCCUGUUAUUGACAGUAUUUCAGAAAAAGGGGGUAUGAAUGGUAAAGAUCCUAAAGAGAUUCAAGAGAAGCAAACCCCAGGGAAUGGAGGUGGUCCUGUUCGUACCGUUGGCUUAGAAAACCGUCUGAACUCUUUCUUUCAGAUAGACAGUCCAGACAAGAAAGGCACUGAAACAAAGCCUCUGCAGAAUAAUCCCAUUCCUGCACCAGAAAUUAAUGAAAGUACUGUUAGCGAGCGUACUCCGUUCAGUUCCAGUAGCUCAAGCAAGCACAGCUCCCCCAUCGGUGCUGUGGCAGCAAGGGUGACUCCUUUCAACUACAACCCAAGCCGCAGGAAGAGCAGCGUGGACAAUAGCUCUGCUCGGCCCUCACAGAUACCAACCCCGGUGAAUAACAGCACCAAGAAACGUGACACCAAGUCUGAAAACACUGACUCCAGUGGAACACAAAGCCCUAAACGUCACUCUGGCUCUUACCUGGUAACUUCUGUUUAAGUGCAACAAAAAAAAAAAAAAAAAAAAAAAAAAAACUGAUGUAUUAUAUACAGCAGCUACUUAGAAACUUUGUUUCAAAUGAAACAAAAAAAAAAAUGGGGAUUGAUUUUUUUGUUUGUUUGUUUGUUUGUUUUGUUUUUAUUUGUUGUAAAUACCUUUUAUUCCUGUUAGAUGGUCCUUGUUCUGGAAGCCAUAUUUGAUAGUAUACUUUGUCUCCACUGGUGAUAUUUUGCAGGAAUACCUGAUUGACAGUUUGGAAUAAAAUUGCUAAAGCAAGUGUAUUUGUACAGUAUGUUUAACAUGUAUUCCCAUGUUUAACAUGCAUCUCAUCCCAUUAUCCUUUGAAUAUUGCUUGUCAUUGAAAUCAUAGAAUAGCACAAUAGAAACGAUGCAGUCAUAUUGCUUUACCAAUAAUUUCUAGAUUACAGACCAACUAAACUACAUCAGGGAAGAAUUGGUAUUAUUUAUGCAAAAAAAAAUAUACUCAUGUUUAGUAUUUGUGAGUUCAUCUAACCCAAUAAUUAAUCAUGUGGCUGUGAAAUUCACAGUAAUAUGGUUUCCGCUGAACAAGCUUUCCUAGCCUGCUUUUCUGCAUGAAUGGAACUGAUGGUUCAUUUUAUGAAGUAAUGAUUAACAUUUCUGUGGUCACAUAAUGUGCAUAGAUAGUUAUGGUGUAACAAUUUACACUUUCUUUGUGCUCUGAAAAAGAAAAAAAAAAACAACAAAAAAACAACUGUGUAACUGUAAAACCUUGAACAAAAUUAUUUUACCUGAAUUAGAUUUUAUCUUAAAGUAGGUAGAAUUUUUUUGCUAUGCUGUAACUUGUUGUAUAUUCUGGUAUUUGAGGUGAGAUGGCUGCUCUUUUAUUAAUGAGACGUGGGUGAUGUCUCAACAGAGACUAAAAUGAACAUUUCAGAAUAAAUUAUUACUAUAUGUAA